GAGAUCAACAAAUCACCUUAUCUCUGUGUCAUUUUCCAUUUAUUGUCAUACGUUUGUUCAACUUUUGGUUUCACAUAUUAACAGCCCGAGUUCAAAAUGGCAUGUGGUACUUCCGCAUGGCAAGAAUACACGGAACUACAGACUGUGAAAACUUUAACGAAUGCUAUUGAAAAUAACGAUGUCAACAAUUUUAGAAAAGUCGUUUCAACUUUAUACCCAAGCUUUUUUGGAGGACGUAAGAAACAUAGCUUUACUUUGUAUGUGGAGUCUAUGAGAAAAAAACGGAAAGAAAUAUUUGACUUCUUGCUCACUUUUCUUACUAAACCUGAUGUAGGGACCCUUGCUGCUUUGGAAUACGUGUUGAAUGGUCAGAACUCUGUGCCUGAUUAUUAUGCUAACGAACUGCUAAACAAAUAUUCUUCUGUUACGAAUGAUGAAAAUCUGCUAGUCAUAACUGCUAGAGAAAAGUAUAUUCAUGUCACGAAAUUUUUGUUGGAUAAAGGAGUUGAUGUUAAUGUAGAGGAAAGAAACGGUUUUACACCACUUUACAGAGUAUUAGUGACAAAGCCGGACCACAAUAGUGAAGAGUUAGUUAUGAUUUUAUUAUCUUAUGGUGCUAAACCUUCGACUGAAUCCCGUACUGAGUAUAAUUGCUUUGAACUAGCGGUGAGGAAUGAACACACAGAUUUAGUCCAAGAAGCUUUAUUUGACCUUACAUUUGAUAAUAAUCACUCACGCUAUAAGCUACAUGUCAGCGUGUUGUUACACCUGGCCAAAAUGAAAUCGCCACUUUGUCAUCGACUAAUAAACUAUGAUGUUGAACCUUUCCUGGAUGAAUACAUUCGUACACAUUUUGCUGAAAAUGUCAAUAACUUGCUUGUACUGGAACUUGACUAUUUUAAAAUAAUUUUGGAAAAGUAUAGUUCCAUAUGUUGUCAAAUUUUCGAGAAGUACGUUUUUUGUCAAUCCAAUUUUGGUCUUUAUUUUCUAUCUGAUUCCGCUGGAAGGCGAAAAUACUUCUAUGUUCAAAUAUGUGUUUGUCCAGGACAAGUUUUGACGAAGUUUAAAUUACUCCUUCAAGGUCCAGCAACUCUGAAUAAAUGUGUUAUCGAUUUUAUUAAGACAUUAAACAGUUACAAAGUUUUUUGUGACAUCUCUAAUAAUAUCACUGAAAACGAGGUUACAGAAACAUUGGCUUUGUUACUCACGUGUGGUCUUAGAGUCAGAACACCACUUUUUGACGUUGUCUUUCAGAAAUAUGGAUACUGCGAACUAUUCAAGCUUCUUUUGUGUGUGGAUAUUGAAGAUGGGGUAUUUCUUGAGAACGCCCUGGUCUUUUGUAUUUGUGAGGUUAAUUCGACCGUAGAUACACUUUCUCUCAAUGACUACGAGGUGGAUUCUGUCCUAGAACUAACGAACUAUUUUGUCCAUCCUAAAUUGACUGAAUUUCGUUCGAGAAAAAAAUUAACAGUGCCGGGAAAUUAUCCAGCUAUACCGAGUUUAGUGGAAAUUGCACGAAAUACUUUUAGAAAGUACUUUGUGACUAAGCUUGGUAUUAAAACAACGAAACAGUUUUAUACUUUACUUAAUCGCCUUCCGAUCAGUGCUACUUACAAGAAAAUUAUUAGCUUUGAAACCAAGUUGUAUGGUGUUUAAUGUUAAAAUUAAACAUAUUAUUAUUG